AAAACUCUUGCGACUCAGAAGAGAGAAGCGUCAAUGUUUGGAGUCACGCUGGGGCGCGGGCGUGUUUACACAGCCACUCACCGGGUCACGUGACACACCUGCUGGGCGCCGCUCACCUACCUGUCUCUGCGGGAGCGUCCGGACGAGGACGGCUCAGUUGGUGGAUCGACUCCCGCCGCCGGUUCUUCUUCGCCUGGCUGGUUCAGCGAGAGGCUGCAGUGCCACGCGGUGGCCACAGGUGGAACUACCGCUCGCCUGAAGAUGAACAAGAAUAAGCCGAUCCACCUCGAGACACACACUCGCUCAGCGGCUCACACACACGCCCGGGGGAAGGAAGGAGAGCGGCGCCAACUUUCAACAUUGAACGUCUCACGUUGCUUGGCUGAUUCUGAUUCUGAAAAAUGUGCCCAUUGAAAGGUGCAGAGUUCACUGUUGUUGUUGCAGUGCCGCAUCCAGGCCAGCAGGCGGCGGCGAUGAGCCCCACAGCAGAAGAAGGCGACGGCGUGCGCUCGUCCGGCCGAGUUUUCGUGCACAUGGCUGCCAAAGCGAAGCGACUGAAGUUGGAGGACGGGCCGGAGCCGCUGCGGGACUUCCUGCGCUGGUGCGACACGGCCGGACUGCUGCUCAGCAGGAAGGUGCGCGUGAGCCGAGUCAGCACGGUGUCGCAGUACGGGAUGUUGGCGGAGGAGGACAUCGAGGCGGGAGAGGUGCUGUUCAGCGUCCCCCGCAGCGCGCUCCUGCACCAGGGCAGCAGCAGGGUGGCGCCGCUGCUGGCGCGAGAGGAGGGCGCUCUGCGCAGCCGCUCCGGCUGGGUGCCUCUGCUCCUGGCUCUGCUGCACGAGUUCACCUGCCCCGACUCCUUCUGGAGGCCCUACUUCCACCUGUGGCCCGACCUGAGCGCCACAGAUCAGCCCAUGUUCUGGUCCAGUGAGGAGAGGGAGCGGCUGCUCCGGGGAACCGGGCUGGUGGAGCUGGUCCAAACGGACCUGCAGCACAUUCAGCAGGAGUACCUGCAGGUGGCGCUCCCGUUCAUGAGCAAACACCCGGAGCUGUGGGACCCGGACACGCACACGCUGGAGCUCUACACCCGCCUGGUGGCCUUCGUCAUGGCCUACAGCUUCCAGGAGCCACAGCAGCGGGAGGAUGAGGAUGACGACGACGACGAUGAUGAUGAUGAUGAAGAGGACGAAGCCCGGCAGCUCCAGAGUCCCCCGAUGAUGGUGCCUGUGGCCGACCUGCUCAACCAUGUGGCGGAUCACAACGCCAGCCUGCAGUUCAGUCCUGAGAGCCUGGACAUGGUGUCGGUGCGCUGCAUCUCUGCAGGCCAGGAAGUCUUCAACACAUACGGGGACAAGUCCAACUGCGAGCUGCUGCUCAUGUAUGGCUUCGCUGAGCCGUUUCCUGGCAACAAGAACGACACCGCUGAAGUGCCCGUGAGCACGCUGUACCAGGUGGCUGUCGAAGCGGCCCGCUGCGACUCAGAGCGCCACCUGCUGGAGCUGAAGUUGGAAGUCCUUCCGGAGGUUCUGCAGGAGCCAGUGCUGGUGUUCACCAGAGAAGGCUGCGCCACCGAGCAGGAGCUCCGAGCGGCUCUGAAGGUCCUGUGCAUGUCCGAGGACCAGUUCAAGGUCGGCCGAGAGUCAGGCUGGGACCAUCUGGACGACGACUCAGACGCGCUGGACUCGAUGGAGGCGUUUCGCGGCCUGAUGCCCGAGUGGAAGACGUUGCUCCGGAGCGCGGCCCGCCGGACUCUGGCCACCUACAGGGGCUCGAGUGCUGCCUGCAGUCUGGAGCAGGAUGAAGACCUGCUCCUGGUGCAGGACCCGCAGGCGCUCGCAGCACUGAGCCGCAGGCAGCAGGUGGCGCUGCAUGUUCGCCACGGGCAGAAGAGGAUUCUGACGAGGCUGAUGGACCUGUGCCAGUCCUGACACGGUUUGAUAAUAAACCUCUCCCAUCUGACGGUGUCUGGAUCUGGACCUCGCCGCCGAGCAAAGCAGUGAGGGAGUCGCUGGGCAGGUUCAACGCUUUAUUUUCGUAUGUGCGACUUCAAUCAAGUAGCAAGAACUAAAGGCAAACUAGAAAGGACUACAAAAUACACAUGGACCAAUACAUUUACAAAACAUUCAAAAUGUUACAAAAUGAGCUGUAUUGGUCCGUUUGUUCUUCAGUUUGGAUCUUUGUACAAAGUCUCAACGUUCUGAACCGUCGUACAGGCCCGGGAGAGUCGGGCCCGGCUCCCCCGGCCGGGAGGGACCCGCUGGACCUCAGAGAACCGGCAGAGAAAGACGUCCAGAAAACUAAAGCCAGUCAGAAACAAAGCCGCGUGGGAAGAGAAGCGACAACUUUGGUAGUGAAUGUUCAGGCCUUGACACGUCAGCACACCAGCUCUCUCUCUCUCUCCCGCUCUCCCUUUAAUCCAAUAUGUACAUCAAAAAACCAAAAAACUAUUUAACAGCAUUUCAAACCAUCGUCGUCCUUCUUCAGCCCAAAGAACCCAAACAAAAGAGCAGAAGUCCAGUGAUGAUGAUCCUCCUCCACGCAGGGGGUGCGGGCUCGGGCUGCCUCUAGCUGGCGCCGGUUCCCUCCAUCACCUGCUGGGCCUGCUUCUGUCCCAUGCAGCACUGAGCCACCGACUGGAACAACCUGGCCAGAGAAGGGAGGGCGUCACGUGUGGGCCCCGCUUGGUGUCGCCCGCCGCCCACUGAAGCCACAUGGGUCCUGUCCCA